AUGAAGGCUGUUUUAUCCUUGUUGAUCUGCGUAACUGUAACAGUUUUUGCUGUUUUUGGUGUUUGUCAAGGAGGAGAUCUGACCAAGAAUUUCUACAAAAAUUCAUGUCCCCUUGCAGAAGAAAUUGUCCAGAACGUCACCUGGAUGCAUACCUCCACCAACCCCGUCUUGCCGGCGAAGUUCCUCAGAAUGCAUUUCCAUGACUGUUUUGUUAGGGGUUGUGAGGCCUCAAUUUUAUUGAACUCGACUGCAAACAGCACGGCGGAGAAGGAUGCAAUUCCAAAUCUUUCUCUGACAGGUUUUGAUGUUAUCGACGACAUUAAAGCACAGCUCGAGACAACAUGUCCAGGAGUUGUAUCUUGUGCAGAUAUUCUUGCUUUGGCAGCCAGGGAUGCGUUUAAAAAGCCAAUAUGGGAAGUGCUCACUGGUAGAAGAGAUGGCACAGUGUCCCUUGCUAGCGAAGCCUUGGCUAACCUUCCCUCGCCUUUCUCUAACUACACCACCCUCCAGCAAAGUUUUGCUAGCAAAGGACUCAAUGUCCAAGACCUUGUGGUAUUAUCAGGUGGACACACCAUUGGAGUAGGCCACUGCAAUUUUUUUAGCAACAGGCUCUACAACUUUACUGGAAAGGGAGACCAAGACCCUUCUCUGAACCCAACAUAUGCUGCUUUCCUGAAAACCCAGUGUAAAAACCUCACGGACACAUCAACCGUGGAAAUGGACCCUCACAGCUCUCGAAAUUUCGAUGCUCAUUACUACGUCAUCCUCAAGCAGCAUGAAGGCCUCUUCCAAUCCGACGCAGCUCUCCUAACAAACACGGGCUUGGGCAAACUCAUCAAUCAGUUGACGAAUCAAAAUACCUUUUUCAGUGAGUUUGGAAUGUCGAUGGAGAAGAUGGGAGCCAUUGGAGUGCUCACUGGGACAUUGGGCGAGAUAAGGAAGAAGUGCAGCGUCAUAAAUUAA